CAUGCUCCUACUCUCCUGAUAACCCAUCUGCUUCUGGCCAGUGAUGUAAAUGUACCAGCUGCUUCCAGGGAACCACUCUGAAUCCUGCAGGAGGAAGAGGCCAGUCGAGCAUCAGUCUGUUCUGCAGUGUAGCCCUCUCUUCCCCAGCCACCCAGGGGCUGGCCCUCCAUCCUCGCCUCGCCUCACCUCUGCCCGUCUGAGGAUCAGACUGAGUAAUCCUCUUACAGGCCAGUGAUUUCUCAGUGGAGCUUAGUGUAAGGGGUUUAGGGCUGUUGCUACAGGAUGGGCUGCUGAUUUACGGUGCAGGGGAAAGGUCUGCUUUAAAGGAGGCUUGGUGAGAAUAGGAGCUAGGUUUGCUUCGCCACGGUGGCCAGAAGCAAAGUGCCCGGGAAGACAGCAUAGAAGAUGAAGGCUCUUCUCUUACUGGUCUUGCCUUGGUUAAGUCCAGCAAACUACAUUGACAAUGUGGGCAACCUUCACUUCCUGUACUCAGAACUCUGUAAAGGUGCCUCCCAUUAUGGCCUUACCAAGGACCGCAAGAGGCGCUCACAAGAUGGCUGCCCAGAAGGCUGUGCCAGCUUGACAUCGGCAGCGCUCUCUCCAGACAUCUCUGCAGCAGCGACCGUUGCCUUGAUGACAGAUGAGCCGGGCCUUGACAACCCUGCUUUUGUCUCUACCACAGAUGAUGGCCAGUCAGCAAACAGCCCUGUAGACUCUGCUCGAACCAACAGAGCCCAGCACUUUGAGCGAUCCAGCAUCAGAAGUAGAUCUUUUAAAAAAAUAAAUAGAGCUCUGAGUGUUCUUCGGAGAACAAAAAGUGGAAGUGCAGUGGCCAACCAAGCUGACCAACCGAGGGAAAAUCCUGAGAAUGCUAUUGCCACAGAAGUUUUCCCCAGAUUGUAUCACCUGAUUCCAGAUGGUGAAAUCACCAGCAUCAAGAUCACCCGUGUGGAUCCCAAUGAAAGCCUGGCUAUCAGGGUCGUGGGAGGGAGUGAAACUCCCUUGGUCCAUAUUAUUAUACAGCAUAUUUAUAGAGAUGGAGUGAUUGCCAGAGAUGGAAGACUACUACCAGGGGACAUGAUCUUAAAGGUCAAUGGCAUGGACAUCAGCAGUGUGCCUCACAACUAUGCCCUGAGUCUCCUGAGACAGCCUUGCCAAGUGCUCCGGCUAACAGUCCUGAGGGAACAAAGAUACCGCAGCAGGACCAGCGGCUUGGCAUUUGAGACUCAGAGCCCCCGCGACGAUAGCUUUCAUGUGAUCCUGAACAAAAGCACUCCAGAAGAGCAGCUCGGGAUCAAACUAGUACGCAAGGUGGACGAACCCGGGGUGUUCAUUUUCAACUUGCUGGAUGGUGGUGUUGCCGACCGGCACGGCCAGCUGGAGGAGAAUGACCGGGUGUUAGCCAUUAACGGACAUGACCUUCGGUAUGGCAGUCCAGAAAGGGCUGCCCAGCUGAUCCAGGCCAGCGAAAGACGAGUUCACUUCGUUGUGUCCCGGCAGACUCGACAGCAAGGUGCUGACAUCUUGCAGGAGGGAGGCUGGAACGCCAAUGGCAGCCCGCCCUUGCGCGGCGAGAGGAGGAAUACUCACAAGACUAUCCUCCAUGCUGUUACCUGUCAUGAGAAGGUGGUAAGUGUCCGAAAAGACUACACAGAAUCACUUGGCAUGACUGUUGCAGGGGGAGCAUCCCAUAGAGAAUGGGAUUUGCCUAUCUAUGUCAUCAGUGUUGAACCUGGAGGAGUCAUAAGCAGAGAUGGACGAAUAAAAACAGGUGACAUUUUGCUGAAUGUCAAUGGGAUUGACCUGACGGGGGCCAGCCGAGGGGAAGCAGUUGCACUAUUGAAAAACACCUCCUCAGCUGUGGUGCUCAAAGCCCUAGAACUGAGAGAAUGUGAGUCCCUGGAGACCGGCGGCAACUGUCUGGCCCUGGAGAACAACCAGAGCACUGCACAGCCCAGCGAAUGGUCCCCAGCCUGGGUCAUGUGGUUGGAAUUGCCAAGGUAUUUGUACAGCUGCAAAGACGUAAUAUUACGAAGGAAUACAGCUGGAAGUCUAGGUUUCAGUAUUGUAGGAGGUUAUGAAGAAUACAGCGGCAACAAACCAUUUUUUAUUAAAUCUAUUGUUGAAGGAACACCAGCAUAUAAUGAUGGAAGAAUUAGAUGUGGUGAUAUUCUUCUUGCUGUCAAUGGUAGAAGCACAUCAGGAAUGAUGCAUGCUUGUUUGGCAAGGAUGCUGAAAGAACUGAAAGGAAGAAUUACCCUCACUAUUGUCUCUUGGCCUGGAACUUUUUUAUAGAACAAGUGAUGCUGUGGUGGAAAACAGAACACAAACAAGCUAUUUAAAAUUUGACAUAAGAUUUCGACUUUUUUUUUUUCAACUUUUACUUUUUAAUGGGUACAUUAAGAAAAAUGUAAACUUGCAUGUCAGAAAAGUAGGGUCUCAAGAAGAAUGCUUCUCAAAAAACCAGAAAACUAUUAGUAGUUUUUCAUGUCAAAGACUCAUCAUUUCGUGUCUCUAAGUUUAUAUUUUUCUAUAUAAUAAUGUAAUAAAAACCCUUUAGCCAGAACUACUUGUGUGCCCCUUAUUAUUGUAUUCGAAUUUAUAUGCAAUUUGAUUAAGAAAUCAACAAGGAAAAAGAACUGGCAGUUGUAAAACACCAGAGAAAUAAUGUGAUGAUUAAAUUUAUGGUUUCAAUCCCAAAUAGCUGAAGAGACAUUAUAGCAAGGUUUUCCAUUAGUGAUCAGCUAGGCAGCAAAUAUUUUUUCAAAUUUAUUUUGUCCUCAUUAUAUGAAUUGAAUUUGUUAUAAUUAAAAAUACACUAAUGAAUUCUUUGUAAUGCCAUGUGAUUUGUUACAAAAACUACCAAUAUUAACUUUAGGAUCAUCCCCAAAGUACCCAGAAUUAUGAGUUUGCCUUUACGUCUUUAAAUAAUUAAUAUCUUUAUUGAAAGAGAUUUUAAAUUCACAACAUAGGUAGUAGCAACAAUGUAAAAUUGCACAAAUGGACAGACAGGCCAAGAGGCCUUGGUGAUUGGUAACAGAAAACCAACUUAAUCCUGGCUCUUUUGGAUGACCACGAGGAGGUCCAAAGUGGUGCCAAAUAACAAGUGUAUGUGCCUGCUAGG